GUAUUUUUUAAGCUGUCAUUUCAUUGUUGAGAAAAAUUUUAGAUUCGUGUUGGAAUAAUUAAAUUUGUAAAACUCUAACAGUUCAUUAAUAAAUUAUCGAAAAAGUCUGUAAAUUUGUAAAAAUUUUAAAGAUGAAAAUUUUGUAACAAGUUAAACGAAACGAUUAAUAUAAUGUAAACAAACCAAACAAUAUUUUUGGUUUUUUAUGGCUGCGCUCAUACGAGGAAGCGAAAAAAGUAGGGAAACAAAGAAAAAAUUAAACAAAUUUCAUUGGAAAAGCUAAAUAAAUAAAAAAAUAUGUUAAAGCUAAAUAUUAAGAAGAAAAUGUAGACAUUUGAAAUUAUUUAAAGUAAAUAAUAAAGGAAAACAUUUUUCUAAUUACGAUAAAGACGUAUUUACCGUUGAAAUAUUAAAACAAAAGUGAUUCAUCAUUAUCAGAGUAACUACAUAUUACACUCCUCCCGUCUCCAAAUAUAUGAACAACUGCUGGUGUUUGUUGCACUUGUUUUGUCGUAUGUGAAUGAAUUAUAUUUUGCUGAUUAUUUUGUGAUUUCGUGAUUUCUUCAUUCUCAUAUACGAGAAAACACUAGCUCCGGCAGCUGAAUACAUUGAAAUGAUUAAGUUAAUGAUCAGCGGCUUCAUUUAAUUUUUCACGUUAUUUACAAUUUGUUAUACGAAGGCAAUUUAUAUAAGAUGGAUUUAGUAGAUAUAGAUCAGGUUUUGGACAACUUGGAGUUACACGAAGAAGCUGAAAAUGAACAGAAGAAGGCAGAGGAAAAACUUUCUAAAUGUACUCAAUCCUCCAAGUCCUCUACUAAUACAAACAAUGGCUUUCUGCAGCAAACACAAGAAGAAAAAUCUUGUUUUAAAGCAGUUUCUCAGGUUUUCAAUAGUCUAGACGACUACUGCAAGAAUGUGGACUCUUUGGAUUCUAAUCUUCCAAAUGCAACUGUUUCCGAAAUAUGUCAGAGGUCCCAUGAUGAUUACGAUAAUGGUCAAAGAUUUCAAGCCCAACAUUUGGCCACCUCGUCAAAGCAGGAAUUAGCUGAGUAUGAAAAUGAGGUGGAAGAAAGUAAAGAUAUUCAUAAAUUCACGGAACAAAGACGUCAUAAGCUAAAAGCAAAUAAUGAUUCUGCAGAACGAGAUACUACUGAUUCUAAUAACUCGUUUACUUCGGAAUCUUUGACCACGUCCUCGAAUUCAACCUUCUCCUCUGGACCUUCUUUUGAGGUAGAGUCAUCUUUAGAGGAGCCCAUUCCUGCAACCAAUUCAAAAGAAAAUAUAUCUAUUAAUGCAGAAAUUGACAGUUCACACUUAAGUCGAGUUGAAAAUAUUAAUAUAAUUCCAACCAAACUAUCCCAAGAAACAGCAAAAGGUAAUCAAAGCAAGGAACAAGACGAUCGAAAAGAAGAUUUCCUAGAAAGUGCAGACAUGCAGCAAAAAAUUGUAGCUGAGGAUAGCAAGAGUCACAACAUUGAAGACCUGGCACAAGGUUUAUCCUCGAUUUCUAUAACAAGUGUUAAUUUACAGUCACAAUCGAUAUUGCCUUUAGAGACUUCGAUAUCAUCAUCGUCAUUAGGAAAAGUCUUAGAUAAUCUUACGGAUUCCGAAGAUACGUCAGCUCUCAGCCAAAUAAGGGAUAUAUCCGACAAAGUGGGAACGUCAGAAACUAAACUAACUUCAAUUGUUUCCGAACCCCCCAACACAUCGGUAGAAGUUAUUAAUGAAUCUAUACAGCAACAGCAAAUUACACAUUUACAUCAAAUAGAAAAGCCUCCUCCUCUAAAUGGUGGGAAUCAGCCACAACCAUUUGAAUAUGUCCCCGAAAAAAUUGAAGCUCAAAUGCAAACCCAGCAACCUAUUACGUUUUGCUCUACUAUGGAUGAUAUUUCAGAUACCGAACUGGAUUCAAUGUUGCAGGAAAUGGACAUCGAUGAAGAGGGAGCGGACGAGCAGCAAAAAUCUAAACCAGAAUUCGUUCCAAUCACAAACUCUGCUGAAACUGAGAAUUUGGAAAUUCAAAAUGAUCAAAAUAAAGAGCAACAUGCUGAUGUAAAGUUCGAACAAAAAGAAGAAGUCGCAUCAGUAUCCAGCUCAGGGGAUCAUCCUAAUGGCGACAGUUUUUCUCAAGCUUCAACAGUAGAGUUUUCUGAAAUAAGGCCCCAGAUAGAAAAUGAAAACGAUGUCAGAAAACAAUAUGAGUCAGAAAACAAUAUGGUGAUAAAUUCGGCAGUUUCGUCGUACAGUAACAGCGAAUCGUCUUCAUUGGAAGGCGAUAUAAUUCGUCCAAAAAAUUUAGAAGUAGUAGAUGAUGGGGACGGAGACGAAUCUAGACCUCAAAGACCGAACUCAUUGGAUUUGCCAGCUAUACAAGCUCUAGACUUGUAUGCAAAUGCUGGACAAACUCCGCCGGGUGGUGAGCAACAGCAACAACCGGAGCAAGAACAAGGGCAGACGGAUUUACAGACUCCUUCUCCUGUCGCUGAACGACAGGAAAACCCUAUAACAAGUGAUGUAGCCGAAGCGACUGGGUACAGUGAGGAUCCCAAUGCAAAUUUAGGCAAAGUUCCCCCAAUAUGGGUUCCCGAUAACAUGGCAACAGGUUGUAUGCAAUGUUCUGCAAAAUUUACCAUGAUUAAACGUAGACAUCAUUGUCGCGCCUGCGGCAAGGUUCUGUGCUCAGUCUGUUGCUCUCAAAAAUUCAAGUUGGAAUUUCUCACUGAACCGGAGUCUAGAGUCUGUGUACAAUGCUAUCUAAUUCUGACACAGAGACAAACACAAAGUGUGAUAAAUUCAAGCAUAAAUGACCCGACAACUUCUACCCUUUCACAAGACACAACUGCCGCAAUAAAUGACAACGCCGCUCCCACAGAUCGUUCUCCUAAUCCCAAUAAUCCAAUGGAGUAUUGUUCUACUAUUCCGCCGUAUCGACAAGUCAGCAACGAACCCAAAGCACCACCUAGCGUCAUUGUUCCUGUAGGAGUACUGAAGAAAGAUAACGGUAGUUAUUCGUCAAAUUCAUCCAACUCCAGCGGCCAAAAGGCACGCAAACGUAAAUCUGUUAUGUUUAGCGAUGGUAUAGCACCGGGAAGUGAUCUGGCUAGCAUAGAUCAGUGGAAUGAACCCAAACAACCGCGAAGACAAAGUGACCGUUCAAAUAGGAACUCAAACGGUAAUAAUAAACCUCCAACACCUGUUCGCUCCGAACAUAUAACGGACGCCACUACAAUGGGUUUGGUAGCUCAGUUAUUUAGGGGUUCAAUACCGCCUUCGGCAGCUGCAGCUACAGUAAAUACCGUGCAAUCAAAUUCAACCUCGAACACUUCAAAAGGAACAGUAUCGAAACAAAGUACUUCAACAACAAAUAGUAAUAGUACAUCAACUGUAGUUUCCAAAAGUCAGGACAACAGUCGUGCCAAACGCCUGCCACCAUCGGGAUCUGAUGACCAUGGUUGUUUUAUACCUGCGACCCAGGGAACUUUACCACCCAUUGUGAUUGCAAAAGAUGAAAGUGGUUGUGAUUACGAUUACAAGGAUGUGGUCAAUAAUUAUGAUUUAGUAAAGCGUUUACAAAACGAAACUCUUAAGUUUGCAGUGCAAAAAAAUUUUUUUGUUUUUGUUAAAAUCGUCAAUUUGAAAUGUUGUUUAAACCGUACAGUCAUUAAUUUCACUACCAAUGGUAUGCAUCAUGUUGGCAACGAUGAGAUUGUCAUUUUAUUGGAAUUUGAACCACCAACCUCGAAAGAGGAAGUAUCAGUUGGCAACCUAAUUCCUAAAGACAUUUUUGUCCAUUUAAAUGAAAUUUAUAACAACGCCGAAUCUGGAAAUCCCAUUCAAGAUUUAUCUCACACCAGUCCCCAACAAACAAAUUUUUUAGGAUCUCGAGAUUAUGGAGGUUUUAUAUUUAUCCGGCCCACUUUUCAAUGUAUGCAGGACAUUAUUCUACCAGACAAUCCAUAUUUGAUCGGCAUACUUAUACAUCGUUAUGAAGUUCCAUGGGCCAAAGUAUUUCCUUUACGUUUAAUGCUUCGAUUGGGUGCCCAAUAUCGUUACUAUCCCUGUCCACAUGUAUCGAUGGUUAAUAGAGAAUCCGUUUAUGCUGAAAUCGCACAGACAAUUAUAAACUUUUUGGCAGAUUUUCGCAAUUACUCAUACACAUUGCCAUUUAUUAGAGGAAUGUACAUUCACAUGGAAGAUCGUCAAACUACGGUUGUAAUACCAAGGAACCGUUUAGAUGACGUUAUUAAGGCUAUUAACAAUUCCAGCGAUCAUAUUUUGGCUUUUGGGGGUAAUUUUUCAAAGACAGCUGAUGGUCAUUUAGUAUGCAUGCAGAAUGUUAACGAUGAUCGCACUGAAAUGUAUGCAUAUUCUACGCAAGCUAUCAAUAUACAAGGACAGCCCAGAAAAGUUACUGGUGCAAGUUUUUUUGUUCUGAAUGAAUCAUUGAAAACCACAAGCGGUUUAUCUGGAAAAUGUAGUAUUGUAGAAGACGGUUUAAUGGUACAGAUUUUACCUUCGAAAAUGGAAGAAGUACGCAACUCUUUAAAAAAUCAAACGGAUGUUACCAUCAUUUGUGGCCCAGUAGAAGCCGAUGAACAACAUACUGAAAUUGUUUGCCUAAAAUGGGUGGACAAUGAUAAAGAAUUUAAUAUCGGGGUGAAGUCACCAAUAGAUGAUCGACUAAUGGAUGGCAUAUCAAGUAUGCGGGUUCAUGCCAGUUUUAAUUAUUCCAAUUCAAAUUAUGCCAUUCGUCUGACCGAUAUAUACGUAGUUAAGUACGAUAAUUGGUACAAUACUAACUCAUCGACAAUAAGCGCAGCCACAACUACAGAUAUAACACGUAUGACUGAACAAAUUGCUCGAAGUACAUCAAUGGCCCUUGUGCCUUUUCUAGAUCUUUUAGCAGCCAGUAAGAGUACGAAAAUAGGUCUUAGAGCAACGUUACAUCAAGAUAAUGUUUGCUAUGAAGCCGGAACACGUGGUGAAAAAUUACCACCACUGUAUAUGAACGCAAUGGAUAACCAUUUGAUUCCUACUCUACAUAGUAUAUCUUCAAAUAUUGAAGAAGCGAUUAUAUUAGAGUUAAUCUUUUACAUAUUAAAUGUUUAGGAAAUUGAUAUUCAAAAAAAAAAAAAAAAAAAAAUUCAAAUGCAAAUUAAUUAAUAUUCUUUAACUUCUUAGUUUAUUUGUUUCAAUCAUUUACCCUCCAACAAUAUACGACUCCUAAAUCAAUUUCCAAUAAUUAAAUGGAGCCCAGAGUGCAAUUAAUGAAACUAAAUACUAAAAAAAAGUAGAGGUAAAUGAAAAUGGCUGCUAUUAUCAAUAGUAACUAUUUAUUCCAUAAUAAACGAUAUAAACGUUGGAAAACUUAGCAAAAUUAUUUUUUAAUUAUUUAAAAUUAGUUAAGAUGUUGAUUUUUAUUUCUAUUUGUUUUAUUAUUUUCUCACUGAAUAAUAGUCUCACUCUUAAUCACUUGUUUUGGGGACAAAUAUUGUAGUUACUAAAUUAGUCGAUAAUAAUAUUAAAAAUAAUAAAAAUAUUUGAAUACGUAAUUGUAUUAUAAAUAAAAAGAAAGGAAGAAAAUAUUUAAAAAGUAAUCACACUAUAAUUGUUUUGCGUACAUACAUAUAUGUGUUGUAUUUUAAUUUUAUCUGUAUUUUACUAUUAAAUAAUUAAUAAAGCAAAAAGUACCUUUAAUGAAAAGUUAAAUCAAAAAUCAAAUUUAUUUAAAAUUUGUUUCAUCUGAUAGUAUUUUCUCGACCACCUUAUUAAACAAACUUAAUUUGUUUUAUUAUGCGUUUGUACUGAAUGUAACCAGUAACUAUCACCAGCAAGUCUUUAGCAACACUUUUCACCACCUGGACGAAGGAGGUAAACUUUAAUUUAGGCGUCGUAAUUGAUGGAACCGGAGGAGUCAUUCGGUGACAUCCCAGUUUGAUGUCACGAUUGGAUCGACGACAAUCGGUUCUUCGCACCGGAACGACUCGAAGUUAAACGAACAACGACCAAGGAUUUUCAACCCAGCCACACCGACUUUACACGUGUCGAUGCUACACGACAACACAGUUGGAUGCUUCCCCGAGGCAUGUCAGGAAGAACCUUCGUGUAUGUGAAAACAUGUGCAGGAUCCCUUGGAUCGGAGUUCGUAUAAAGUAACUUUAAACGACAUUCAUAGAGACGUCAUCAAUACUGCAUGAACUUCUUUCUUGGGGUUCGCACACCGCCCAUUGCAGAAAUAAAGAAGAGGAAUCUGCCGCAGAAAACAAGAGUUGCUCUGGCGCAACUGAGAUCGGGAUGAAGCAACAGACUCAACGUCUACAGGUUCGCAUAGAUCGUGCCGUUUCCUAUAUAUAUCAAGCAUGUGGUCGGGGUAACCAUGAUACCUACCACAUAUUGAACUGUCCAGUGCACCCUAACUUUAGACCUAAAUACAGAACCUCCGUUUUACAAAUCAUAUAACUAAUCGGCUCAGAAUCGUUUUCUGAAUCAAUUUAACCUUAUACGCACGCUGCAGUCGCAAUUUUCACAUUUUUUUGAAUUUUAAAUGAUAGAAAUCGAAUGUGACAAUCUUUGACCGCUUGAGAAUCGGGUCGUUCUGGAGCGGAGAUCCAAUUGUCGUGGAAAUAAUCCUGUAAAAUGAUCUGGUAUUUAUAAGCCUUAAUGAUACUGCAGAUUUGCAUAAUGAUCGGGCUUCAUCUCAUUAUACUCCCCAUACUAAGAUCACGUUUUUGUCAACAAAUUGUUAAAAUAUUUCCGAAUUAAGGCAAAUAAAAAAACGCUUUGUUAUUAAAAAUAAUCUAAAUUUAAUUUUGUAGCCAUGCUCGUCUAAAUAUUCUUGCAGGUUUUAAUAUUAUUUCUUUGUAAAAAUAAAACAGCAUAUUCCAAAAAUAUAAAAUCAAAAAAUAAAAUCAAAUCAAAUUAUAAACACUCAGUUCUGUUUUUGUUUAAAUAAAUUACUUUAUUUUCUUACAAAAGUGUUUUCUUGAUAUUUUUCAAUACAAAAAUUGUAACUUAAAAUGUAAUAUACAUAUUUUUUUGUCUUCCUUUCCAACUCUUUAAUAUUACUAUCAAAAAUUCUUUUUUAUUUUUUUUUUAAUUUUUCUUCUAUAUUUUUUUUACAAAAUAUAUAAAGUUAUAUUAUUUUAAGCUAAAUUUGAUUUAACAACUUAAGUUUAUAAUAUGAUCGAUCUUAGCACGCAAGUUGGUUAUUUUUUGUUUGUUUUUUUAGAAGAAAAAUUGUUUUAACAAAAAAAGCAAUAAAACGAAAAGGGUGAUAGAUAACAAAUGUUCAUAUUAAAUAUUUCCAUCUACUCUGGAAAAGAGUAGUAAAGCGUACAAUUAUCUUUUGUAUUGUGUGUGUAUGUAUUUAUGUUGAAUGGAUAAUGUUAACUUCUUUACAAUAAUAACUUAAAACAAACAUGAAAAUUAAUAAA